AUGAAGUGGAAUGUUUUCUGUCUUUUCCUCAUCUGUUGUACUGAACGGACAAUUGCAUCCUGCGUAAUAGAGUGUUCCUGCAGAAAUGAGAGCUUUGGAAGGAGUCUGAUUUGUGUGACUUCAGCUCUGGGAAGAAUACCAAAGGAUGUCCCAUCAGAUGUUAAGAAAAUCAGGAUAGAAAAUUCUCACUUAGCUGAAUUGCCCCAGGGAGCAUUCUCCACAGCCCCUGACUUGGAAUACCUGUGGCUGAAUUUUAAUGGAAUUACAGUCAUGCACACAAGAUGCAUGCAGGGCCUGAGCAAACUAUCCGAGUUGCGUCUACAAGGGAAUAAACUGCAUUCAGUACCAUGGACAGCGUUCCAGGACUGUCCGGCUUUGAAAAUCUUGGAUUUGAAGCACAAUAGACUUGAUGCUCUUCCAGAAUAUGCGCUGGGGUACCUUACCAACUUGACUUAUUUGGAUCUAUCCUUCAAUAGGCUAACAGUGGUUUCUGGAGAUGUGUUCUUAAACUGGCCAGUCUAUCUGAGAACACGGCAGCAUGAUGACCCGGGAGAUGGGGUCUCCAAUGUUGUCCUAGCCCUCCAUGAUAAUCCAUGGUUCUGUGAUUGUCGUCUUGAAGGUCUCAUAGACUUCUUCAAAUCCGUGAGCCGCCCUAUUAUUCUGAUGAAUUCUUACCUAACCUGUUCAGGACCUGAUUCCAGGGCGGGGAGCUUUUUCUACGAUGUGGAACUAAAGAGUUGUUUUAAAGCAUUAGUCAUCUCUGAAAACACAAACAUUAGUGUUCCACUUGGACAGAAAGUACAUCUAUCCUGUACAGCUAAAGGAAAUCCUACUCCUACAGUGUGGUGGACAAAUGGUGUGAAGAUCAUUCGGAAAUUUAACGUAACACUCACAAAUAUUGAUGAAGAAACUGUGAAAUCCGAGCUGGUCAUUCCAUCAGCGCAGGGCGCAGACAAAGGAAACUACAGCUGCAUUGCUGCUAAUUACCUCGGAAACUCAUCUGUGCAGAUCCUGGUGAAAGUUCUGACUUCAAUAACUUUUCCCACCCCCUCUUCCUUGCCCCCAUCACCCUCCUCCGAGGAGAAUGUUUACAUAGAUCUCAGGAUUGCAAAGCAGACGGUAUAUGGGAUAACCCUUCAGUGGCAUGCAGUAACACAGAAACCUGAUGAGACUUCGUACACCCUACACUUUGGGAAGUUUGAAGAUACUAAAAGGGAGAAGAUUUACAUAGGGCCGGGGGUGAAUACUUACUCAGUGAAUGAUCUGUUUCCAGCAACCAAGUACAAAGUGUGUGUGACGCUAAGGAACCAAUCCCCAAAGAGAGGUCAGUGCAUUGUGUUUGUUACGGGCACCGAUAUCAGUGAAAUGGAACAGCGGGAGAAGCUUAUCCACAUCAUCGUCAUUGUCUGCGCCAUGGUUCUGGCGGUCCCGGCCGGAAUGUACGCGUGCACCGCUGACACUCGUUUCAGCUGCUUUGACAAAUGCACCAACGCUUGCCGGCGGCAAAGACGCAGAGACCGGACGCUGAGGAAAGGGGCGCCGAACGUCACCUUCGACAGCUUGCAGACAGGGAGCGAUGCUGAGCUUUGCAACAGAGAGUCCAAGGAGGACAGGAAGAGACAUAAAAAGUCAGACGAUAAAGCCCACAAGACCAAAACGGAUGUUAAGAACAGUGAUGAAUUGUAUUAG